UCCAUAACUGAGUGAAUGGGUAAACAUUUUUUGAAAUAUUGCUACUGACAAGAAUCUGAGCCGGGGGCAUUUGUGUUUAACAAACACGUUCUUGUUUAUUAAAGAUUUAGUGUUUGAGAUGAUAAUGUCAGAUCUAGGCUGGCAUAAUUUGACUGCCCAACAUUCAAGUUAUGAGCACUCUAAACAUUCCAGGCUAACAGUUGAUUGUUGGUUUUACUUGUCUGCUUAUUUAAGCGGAAAAGCCCUGACCUAAUUUACGGAAGGGGUGACUGAAAGUUUUCCUCUCUCAGUAAAGCUGACAAGUCACCCUGUAGUGUGUGACCUAAAACCCUAACUCCACUUAUAUAUCAAAAUAUAUUUCCUUUUGUACCAUGUAGCACCUACAGGGGAUGAUGUUGCUGUGAGAUACAAGAAAGAAGCCCAUGGUGUACAGAGAAUAGAUUUUAUACCUAAACAAGCAGGUGUUCAUACAAUACAAGUGACAUAUUUAGGGGUACCUGUUGGAGACAGCCCCUAUCAAGUAAAGGUGUAUGACCCUAGAUUGGUACGAUUGUCAAAGAUGCCACUAGGAAUUCUAAAUAUACCAUUUAAAUUUAGAGUUCUUGCAGAUGAAGCUGGAGAUGGUAAAAUGGAAGUUACUGUUGAAACAGAAGAGGGGAAAAUUCCUACAGAACUUGAGGCUCUAGGGGAGGGAACUUUUGAAGUAACUUUCAUGGGAGAUGGAGAGAGGAAACAUACAUUGAAUAUUCUGUUUAAUGGAGAACAUAUUCCAUGUAGUCCAUUGUCAAUCAAUUUUGCUGAUGUGGAUAAAAUCCGUAUACAGAAACCUGGAACCAUGCUGAUUCCAUGUAACAGACAAAUCAACCUUCUAGUAACAUCAGCCCCUUCUGCUAUUGAUGAUUUGGUUAUUAAUGUUGAAGGUCCAGUAUUUAACAAGGUGCCACACAAGUUCCGGGAAAUUGGGAGCAGGUUGUAUAGCCUAGACUGGACCCCAAUAAAACCAGGGACCUAUGAUAUUGAUGUGAAAUAUGGGGAUGUUAUACCAGUCUGGGGUAGUCCAAUGAAAAUCAAGGCAUUUGAUUCAACUCGAGUGAAACUUAUUGAUAAGGGAUAUAUGGCAGAAGUUGGAGAGAGGCAUCUUAUGAAAUUUGAUGUAAAGGAGGCAGGAGAGGGAGAGCUGGGCGUGAUUAUAAUGUGUGCUGGAGAAACCGUCCAAUCAGCAGUGAGCAAAGGAAAGGAUGACCUUAUAUGGGUGUCAUUUGAACCAGAAAAAUACGAGCUGUAUGAUGUAUAUGUUACCUUUAAUAAGGAACCAAUACCAGGUUCACCAUUCAAGAUAGACUUAUCACGUGAUGAACCGGAUUGCCAAGCUCUGGCUCUGCUGAACACAAAGUAUUUUGUCGUGGAGCAGCUUCAGUGGUGUUUCCUGCAAGCUAUCGGAUAUUAUUUUCCUAUAGAUCAAAUUGUCAUGUAUAUUACAGGUGGAAAAUUUGAACUGGCUAGUGAAUCGUGUAUUGUUAAUGAAAGUUAUUAUAAUUUCUGGCAUAUUGAAUGAGCAUUAUAAACAUAGGGUAUGGAUCUUGAUGAUGUGCAUGAAUAAAAAAAAAACAUUCUUGAUUAAUUCGAUGUGACACUGAAAUCUUGAAAUAUAUUGUGGGUAUAAAUCUUUAGGAAAAUGGUCU